AGUUGAAGGAGUCCCCCAGUCUAAAAGUGACGACCACAAUCUCAAUUUGAUGAAGAGGGAGCACGUGGUUAAGUCCCUUAUAAAUCUCGGUCUACAACCGGCCGCCUGCUGAUGUUGUCCACUGGCACGCGUAAAGCGAGGUGCUCCGAAUUUGCCGACGUUUUUCAUGCAGAAGGAAUGGAAGGACGCGUUGACUCUCUACGCUUGCGUUAAAAGGAAUUACGUAUUAUAUAAUACUUCCACGUUCUCAUCGUAAUUUUAUUUUCUCUCCAUUCAUACUGGCUAACGCAUUCGUUAGGACAGUCGAGUAGGCACUUCGCGUUUUGCAGGACGGGUUAACCUUGUAUUUUUCUGUCAAAAGGGUGAUGCAACUGCUUAGCGAAGCCCUUAAGAUCUUCAAAUAGAGCAGUCAAAGACGGACUUCUGCUGAGCGAGAAAUUGGCCACCGUUGGAAAGCUUGCAGUGCUCUGAUGCGGUGGAGGUGUGCGCAAACUCUCAGGCUACAAAUCUGUGCUGUACAGCUGGAGAUAGCGAGUUAGUUUGUUUUACUUUAAUAUAUAUUUUUUUUAGCUAAGCAAUUUAACGUCCAAAAUUAUGGCCUUUUUGUUUGGAGAUUUUUAACGUUACGCACAGUAUGCAUUUGUUAUGAUGUAACUUGGGAAUAUCAGACUGCUGCUGUCUACUCCAAUGACUGUAUAACGGAUUUUGCAGAUCAUUUCACUUUCAAGGUUGUUGAAUGGAUUUUCAGGCACUUUUUGAAAUACUGUGUUGAAACUGUGAAUACAGAACUACCACUUCCCAAUAUUUAGGGCUACAAUAAUUUCAGAGAUACUGACCACAAGUAUUUGGGUAUUUUUUAUUCAAAUGUGAAUUUGAAUUUACUUUUAUAGGGAUCUGUAUACGCGAAUUGGUCACGCUUUUAAGACGCUACUGUAGCUUUUGUGUUCAAAAUGAACUACUACGUUUUAAGUCUACUCUUGACCUUGGAUUUAGCCACUGUGGGCGUCAGUUUGUCUACAUGUAGUACGUUGGACAUGGAUCAGUUUAUGAAAAAGCGCAUAGAAGCCAUAAGGGGACAGAUACUGAGCAAGUUGAAGCUCACAAGCCCCCCGGAGACAUAUCCGGAGCCUGAUGAGGUUUCCCGAGACAUCAUCGCAAUCUAUAAUAGCACGAGGGACCUAUUGCAGGAGAAAGCCAAUGAAAGGGCGGCGAUGUGCGAGCGCCAACGAAGCGAGGAGGAGUACUAUGCGAAGGAGGUGCACAAAAUCGACAUGCAACCGCGCUACUCAUCUGAAAAUGUCAUCUUGCACACGUACAGCAACCCAUACUACAGGCGACUCAACUUUGACGUGAGCUCCAUGGAGAAGAAUGCCUCCAACUUGGUCAAGGCUGAACUACGCGUCUUCCGUCUCCAGAACCCCAAGGCUCGCGUGUCUGAACAGAGGAUCGAGCUGUACCAGAUUUUGAGUCACAAGGACCUGGCAUCCCCCACGCAGCGCUAUAUCGACAGCAAGGUGGUGCGCACCCGCACAGAGGGGGAGUGGCUGUCUUUCGAUGUGACAGAGGCGGUCAGCGAAUGGUUACAUCACAGAGACAGAAACAGUGGAUUCAAGAUUAGCCUGCACUGCCCGUGCUGCACAUUUGUGCCGUCAAACAACUACAUCAUCCCCAACAAGAGCGAGGAGCUGGAAACACGCUUUGCAGGUAUAGAUGACAGCUUCCACCCUGGCGGGGACCUGAAGGUGUUUAAGAGGCGCCACAGUGCCCAGGCUCCCCACCUGCUUAUGAUGCUGCUGCCAUCCUACCGCCUUGAGUCGCCACACAAGAGCCAUCGCUCAAAACGAGCCUUGGAUGCCGCCUUCUGCUCCAGAAACGUCCAGGAUAACUGCUGCUUGAGGUCACUCUACAUCGACUUCAAGAAGGAUCUGGGCUGGAGGUGGAUUCACGAGCCCAAAGGCUACAACGCUAACUUCUGCGCUGGGGCUUGUCCCUAUCUAUGGAGUGCUGACACCCAGCAUUCCAAGGUGCUAGGCUUAUACAACACCAUCAACCCUGAGGCUUCAGCGUCGCCUUGUUGUGUUUCCCAAGACCUGGAGCCUCUCACAAUCCUCUACUAUAUUGGCAAGAACCCCAAGAUAGAGCAGCUCUCCAAUAUGAUAGUCAAGUCCUGCAAGUGCAGCUAGGAACUGUUACAAGGCAACAUGUACACAUGCAUACACACAUUCAGUCACACACGUGCACACCCACAUACAUACACGUGCAUGCGUCUGCAUACUCACAGUCAUCGACAUAACACUGUACAUUCGGUUAAAUGCAUACAUUCGGUCACACGUUUGCUCAACUGCAACUGUUGUAUAGAGAUAGCAAUUCGCUCUCCUGCCAUCAGAAGUGCAGAAAGUGCUGAACAGAUCACGGUGCAGCAAACAUCUCCCAAACCAGCCACGUACUUACACACAAACACAUGCAUACACACGCGUGCACGCACAUGUACACAUGCACAGCUGUGGCUUUUGUACAAGCGUGUCUGUGUUUUUGUGUUUAGAAAGGACCUGUCAACAGCCUCACCUCACACACUUGUCACACAAAUACGCGAGAGUACGGCAAAACACUGGAAGUAUAUAAGUGUCGGUAACACUUUGUAUUAAGUUGUUAUUACUAUGUAACAAACACAGUAUUAAUUGUAAUAACAACACUGUAGUUAAAUAAGUAUAGCUGAAUCAGAUAUUACAAAAUUGGAACAAGGUAUGUGUAAUUUGACAUACACCUGCUGAACCUAGCUUAAAAUAAUUACAUUGGGAUGGUUUUACCUUGUAUUACAUUUGCAGCACCAUGGAGUUACAUGUAACUCAUCAGCUUUUAUUAUGUGUUGUCAACAUGGUAAAUUACCGAUUACUUUUAAACAUGAAAUUAUAUAACAUCAGUAACAUAAUGGACUAUUAUCAGUAGUUGCACAUAUGUGGAAUAUAUACUUGCAGAAUGUGGAAUAACAUUCAGCAAGUGUAUGUCUAAUUGCUCUUGUUUCAAUUGUUUCAUUUCACUCUGUAGCUAUAUUUAGAUAUCCUUGUACACCUAAAAGUAUUUUUAAAUAUAUUUCUAUGUACACAUAGAAAUUGCAGGAAUAUCUUUCUAACUACGGUUUUGUUUCUGCCAUUAAAUUGUGUUGGUUACAUAAUAAUUAGGGCAAUUUCAUAUAACAUGUUAUCUAAGUGUCUAUAUGUGAAAUAAUACGUUUGAGAAGCAAAAAGUACCCCCUACCCCGAGAAGGGUACCCUAGUUUCAACAUUCAAAUCAUGUUUUACUUUCAUCCUUUUCAAAACUAUUGUAAUGUAUUCUUUUGUGUUUAUUUCUGAUAAUUAUAUUACCUAUUUAAAACUCAAUGCUUUAAUGUUAGCACCCAACUCUUCUUUCCUCAAAAAAGGUUGGGUUUAAAACAACCCCGUUUGGGUAAUUUUCUAACCCAGCAAAUGUUAUACAGUGUACAGAACCCUUUAUGGGUUCUUUAGAAACAGCCAGUUAGGUUGUGUGAAUAACCCAUCAUUGGAUUGUUGAAAUUAUUCAAUCAUGGGUUAAUUUAACCAUCAGCUUAUUAUUUUUUCAUCAACAGGGUUUUUUCAGGGCGCAUGACAUUAUUUAUCGCAUCUGCCACCCAUGGGAUUAAAUGGCAUCCCUCUUAAAUCUUAAAAACUAUCUACUUGAAAUCUGCUUUUUUGAAAGAGGAGAGACUGUCCUUAAAUAGCACUAGGCCAGAGUCAAAAACCAUGCUGGAAGCACCCACACAAUCUUCCCUUUGAAGCAUUGUUGUAGGGGACCAAUCACAAUGCCUGGUGGUACAUUUGGUUUCACUUUUGGUUUCAUUUGGAUAUGACUAUUGGGUUGGUCAGGUGGGGACAAUCAGGCUAUCCGAAAUUAAAUUGACAUUGACACCGUCACACACCAAGCAGAUUGACCAAAUAAUUCCGCUAGCCCCUUCUACUUGCCAGCACACACACACGAGAAACAUCAAAACACACUCCGAAAUUAACUUACUUUUGAAUUCAGUCAUAAUAUAUAUUUUUUUAUAAAGACCAGCCACCCUUUAAGUUUGGAAAUUAAAAAGGCAAAAUAUCCAUGAACAUACUAUAUUUGAACAUUGCAUAUCUUAUUGCAUAUCUUAAUUUAAUUUAAACCAGAAGGAUUUUUUUCUAUCACAGUUGGCCCACGUAUUACCUCAUUAUCUCAAUAACCCAAUAUCAACACCCAACUCCCGAGCCAAAAACCACAAAACAAGCAUUUAGGUCAUACCAACAACACUGCAUUUUUUAUAGUGUGAGAAGGGGUGGAAGAACCCACGACCCAGUGUAAAUUUACUAUUCUGUGAUAGUAACAUAGUAUUGGUCACAUCAUAUAUGCUGUUAAUAUGUGCUAUAACAGGCUGACAAGGUAGAGAGAGGCUUUGUUGACUGUAAGAGAGUGUCAAAGAGAGAAAUUUAAGGGGAGAAAUAAAUGUGAUAAAUGGGCAUACAUUGCCACACUUACAUAGCAGCAUAGCUUUUCAAUCAACAGUCUUCCUCAAACUAAUAUACUCCUAAAAAGAAACAUCCUAAAGAUGCAGAAAUGAACAAACUAGACUGGUGAAACGAACAGUUCUGAUAUUUUAUAACUAAUUGGCAUCCCAAUUAGUUAUUGGCAGCCCCUGUAUCUAUGAGAGAGUCUGUUUAGAAGGGAACUACAUAUGCGGCCCAUUGGAGGUUCAGUACCUGGAGCAGAAGGCGGCAUCCAAGGCUCGUUUUGAGUGAUGGCGACUCAAGGCUGUAGGAUGGCAGAUAUGUUUUACAUUUAUUCUUUUUCUCAGUGCUGAUUGAACUGAUCAUAAUAUAAAUGUGGAAAAGUAGCUGCCAAAUUUUCUUUCAUUAUUAUUACGUUCUGGUUACACUGUGUAAUGAUUAUUGAACACUUUCAGAAGAGUGAUCAAAGGUGAACUAUAAGCAGAGAUGGGCAGUGUUCUACAAUGUUAAACUACAAUGUUUAAACUACUUAAGAAUAUUUUGUAAUUUUUACUACUUUGCGCUGAACUUUACUCCAGUGUAUUUUUGAAAUGUAUACCAUGAUUUACAGUGUUGUUUUUUUAAAUUUAAAAAACAAUAAUAAUAAUUAACGGUCCUGAUGAAAAUGUGGACUUUUUCGGGGUUGGAGCUCAAUAGUACAAUGAAAACCAGAAUGCAUUGCACUUUUAUUUUUUUAUUUUACAAGAAUAUUUUCAUUUUUUGGUAAUUUGGCAUCCAGAGUGACGUACAGCAAUCAACUAAGCAAAUGAACAGCAACAGAUCAGUAAUAGAAACCUAAACAUUCAAUGUUUUGAAAGUACAACUUUUACAAAUUCAUCUUCAGGGUUGUAGAGAAUGUUGUUGAGGUAAAGGGGGUUGCAUGUUUUUUUUUGCAUGUUGAAAAUUCAACAUACUUUUGUUUCAACAAUAUACAUUACUUUACAAAAGUACUUAGUUUUUUAUUUUGUUACUUUCAUCUUUCUUGUCUUUUGUAAUUCUGUUUUUCUUUACAUUUUUGCCCAUCUCUAACUAUAAGAAUCCUUUCAACACACACACACACACACACACUCGCGCGCGCGCACACACACACACACACAGGCACAGGAAGUGAUGUCAUUCCAUCAUCUACACAACAGAAUGGAUAUUAUCAUCCCACACAGUUAACAGGUAAAGGGUUUUAUGUGGUUAUGUAAGAUUGUAUUCAGUGAAAGGUAGGGAUUGUUUUUACUAUGUGAGGCAGUGGGAUAGGAUAGCUAUAUUUAGAUAAGCGAUGUCGGGUUCAUUAGAGAGAAGGGAUAUUGCAUGUAAAACAGACUAUAGUUCCCUGGUUCAGAGAUUCUUCAUGGACCUUUAAGGCUAUUUCAUUUGGUCUGAGGCUACUUCAGCGCAGAGGUCAAUAGGUCACAUUUACUGUACACAUGAACUGUUGCUAUGGACACCAGCAUUGUAUAUGUUCAUUGGGAUCAGAAAAAAUCUUUAUCUCGCCACUUUCUCUCAAAGUAAAAAGCCAUUCAGUCAUAUUUUUUCAUCCUGUUUAGAAAUAAUAAUCGUUGCACUGACACCAUUUUGAUAAAUCAAAAUUCUAAACCUUAUAGUUUCCCCUUAUUAAAUGAAGAGUAUGAAAUGAAAUAGAGCAGGAAGUGUAGGUGACACUAUCCCGGCCUUAACCCCACCGCUCUUUGGUCACCAGCGCCGGUGGAUUUUCUGGAAGCCAGCAAAAUGAACGAGGCACCAAUAUUGUCACGUUAGAGCUGUUAUUUUUCAUUGUGUUAUUUUUUUGUUGUUGUUUAUGAUGAUGAUGUUGUUGUGACCCACUAUGAUGCAUUGUAACGCAUUACUAUUGUGGUGCUCUGGUGGUAAAUAAAUUAUUUAAGUUA